AUGGACAGCACGAUGAUGCAGCUGCGGCAUUCGGCCGAUAGUUGGUCGAUGUCGGAAGUCCGAUCACUCGUUCAUACGUGAGUUGCAUCUAAUGUAUAAUCGAUCGAUUUAAGUAUUCCUUCCAGGCACGUGUGGACGGUCCGAGGGUUUUCACAGCUAGAAUGCAGAUAUUUGGAGACUAGCGCCAAGAUCAAGGACAUGAUUGUGAGUUUAUUCAGCUGGCAGACCCACCGUUCUCCUGCUUUUUGUGCUUAUGGAUCAGCCGUGCCCCGACUGUAGUCUGAUCAUUAUAAAUUCGUUCCCACAUCGUGACGUUAAAUUUGGCCUUUCCAGAACAGUGAUCGGUUGCAGGGACCGCAGACCAGCCAGCCCGCGAGUUCGGGAGCACUGCCAGAUUUGCCAGAUAUCACAUUCCGAAUUAGGCUGCAUCCGCAGGGAAACAAAGAGUCCAACAAGGACUUUACGUUCUUCCAGGUAUCCAAUGUAAGAAUUUUUGUGAAAGGAGCAAUCCUUACAGUGUUUCACUAACCAGAGUUCUACGACUCCUGCAUCGACGUACAAGGCGAAGUUCAAGUUCACCGUCAUAAAUCAUCGAGGAGAAGAAACGCCAACUACAGUUUAUUCGGGGACGCAGCAAGUGAGUUUUCUUCUGACCGAGAUUAAAUAAAAACGGGCGGUUUCAGUUGCACGGAUACUUCGAGUACAUUCGCAGGGAAGUUCUCAUCUCGCACGUUCAGCCGAACGAUGAUCUCCAUCUCUCGCUUAGUAUCACUGUCACGUUCGACACAUUGACCAAGUGAGUCGCUUUCAACCAUAUUUCAACACAUUUGAACACUGGAAUUCAUGCUUGUUCAUCUUAAAUUAUUUGAUUCUCUCUUAUGUACUUUGUUCUGUUCUCUUCUAUUGUCCUGACACCUUACCUUUCAAUGUCAAAUGAAUAAACGAAUCAAUCGAUGAAGUUGUUCCCAAUAAACCAAUGUUCCGUUUCAGAGCAUCGCAGAACGUCAGGACGAUCCCACCAGAGUUGCCGCAGCCAAUCGAAGUGUCGAAGGAUUUGGAAAAUUUAUUUCGGAGUGGGAAACACGCCGAUUUCACCCUUAUCGUCGACGGGAGGGAACUGAAAGCUCACAGAGCGAUUCUUUCCGCCCGUUCUCCAGUCUUCGCUGCCAUGAUGGAGCCGCACACAGCCGAAUCGCAGAACUCGCGGGUUGUCCUGGAGGACAUGGAUUACAAUGUGAUCCAAUCGCUUCUACACUACAUUUACACUGGAAGCUGUCCGAAUAUGGGUCAUCAUGCCCUUGAUGUACUCGCCGCUGCUGAUAGAUUUGCUCUGCCGGGCCUCAAAAAUCUGGCGGAAGUGGUAAGUGAACCAUUUCAAUCUCAGUUAUCUUCUAAUUGUUAGUUUUACAGGCAAUGAGAAGUAAUUUGGCUCCGGAUACAGUAUGCAAACACCUCGCGCAUGCUGACCUUUUUCACAUGCUCGAGUUCAAAAAAGAGGCGAUAAGGUUCAUUUGUCUGAAUGCAACGCAAGUCAUAAACGUGAGUUUAAGGUUUCUUCGUUUUUUGAAAUGCUAUUUUUGUUGGUUUCAGUCAGAAGGAUUCGCAAAUCUGGCACGGAACAGUCCUAACCUGAUCUCAGAAAUAAUGGGGUUCAUGUGCAAUGAUCGGAACAACGGAUCAUCGCUUUACGGUCGAGAUGGCAAUUGUGAGUCAUAAACUGUUAAAUCAGUCGGUCAAGAAGCACUUUUCAGUGGAACCUUCCAGCAAACGAGCCAGAAUGACGGAGACGAAUCUCUGA